GAUGUUGUGCGCGAGGCCAACGGGCAUACUAUCGUGGAGUACAAUGUCACGUCCUUGUUGGAAGGUGAUAUCGAUGUCGCGUACACCAAGGGAGAUAAUUCUGUCAUCGUCGCCACCGACUCUAUUAAGAACAUUACAUAUCAUCUUGCGAAGACGUCUCCGCACAUCUUACACCCUGAACGCUUUGGAAUGCACCUUGGCACCUAUUUAGUCUCGAAGUACGAUCACAUUCAUAAGGCCUUCAUCACCAUCGAACAGCUCCGCUGGAAGCGCAUCGACGUGAACGGCAAGGAGCACAGCCACUCCUUCUGGAGGGACGGUGACGAGAAGCGUCUGGUUGAUGUUGAAGUAGACGCCUCUCAGGGCAAGGACAACAUCACCGUCACUGUCUCUGCCGGCAUCUCAGAUCUUCUUGUGCUGAAAUCCGCCGGCUCUAAGUUCGAAAACUUUAUUCGAGACGAACACACGACCCUUGUUGAGGUUAACGAUCGGAUUUUCUCCACGUCUGUCGACCUCAAGUACACCUUUGCGUCGUUUACGGUCCCGAAGAACGCGGUCGUGGAUUCCUUCAAGCUGCCAAGCGCUUUGAGCGCCGAAGGCACGGCUUGGGACGGGAAUGUCGUCGUUCAGAAGGCACGCGUCGCUACCCUCGAAAUUUUCGCGACGGACGACAGCGACAGCGUUCAGGCGUCGCUGUACAAGAUGGCUGAGCGAAUCCUGGCGGAGAACAGCCUCGUCCAGACGGUCUCGUACAGCCUUCCCAACAAGCACUACAUCCCGGUAGACAUGCGUUACGUCGGGAUCGAUAACCUGACUCCCUGACGGAUUGAUCUCUGCCACGAUCUCGCGUCAGUGAGAGGUAACCCAUUGCGUCAUAGCUCCACACUUUGUCACGUCUGUGACCCGUUGCAAAUAUAAGCUUCUUUAUAUGG